AUGAAGACCUGCGACAGAGAGUCUUAUCAGCUGAGAGAGUUAUACCAAGGUGCUAUGCCCGAUGUUCUGGCUGCAGGAGAACAACUGCACAUAGCCAUGGGCGUAGAACGGGAAGCUUUUGAUGACAACGGACAGCUCGUCGUCCUACCCUGGCAUAUGCCGUUACCCAGAGAACUUCAACGUCGUCUUCAGCCCAAAUCUCACCAACUCAGCACAGCCAUCGAUACUGUCAACAGUGGACAUGAGAUGAGCUUGAUGCCAUGUAAAGGAGCUGGGAUUGGAGCACUCCCACAACGUAACAAGAGAAGAACCGACCCGUCCAACCAACUCGAGCGCGCUCUCCACAAGAAAAGCCUCGCUCAGCAUCUCUCUGCACCCAAUAUCGCACUACCAGUUCCUCUUCGAUCCAAAGACGCAAAUCUGCCUCUGCUCUUGGCCAGAACAAAAGCUCCAAUUAAGACCAACGAGGUGUUGGACAACGUACUCAAGCGCAAGCUCUCCAAAGUCAAGCUUCCCGUAGCCCCUGAAGACGGGCCUCUGAGCGGUGAGGUGCCCAAUCUGUCCAACCAACCAGCUUUCCAACACAGAUUUCGCAAUUCCGAGCCAUCUCCCAGCACAGUCCAAGAUACGGUAGGCGUACAGAAAAAGCCUGGUCACCCCAAGACGGUGGAACAUGAAGAAAAGUCUGAAUCACCAUCGCCUCCUCGUCGUCGCUCCAUGCCACCUAUCGAAGCAGUUCUGGCUCAUGGCUUCAAGAACUUGAACCUCGUUCGCCUUCUUCAAGACAGCACUCCACGCUCGCAUGCCUUUGAGCCAUGGACAAACCUUGCUCUAUGCCACAAAGUUGUGUCUCCCACACCAGCAUUCCUGCUCAACAUGACCCCCUUCCAGUACGACGACAGUGAAGACACAUACUACUGGAAGUCUUCGCUGCCCAUGCUACUAUCUUACCACUUUGCCAACCCAGCAGCUCUGAUUCAGGAGACACCUAUCCAACGUCUAACCUUCGAUCUCCCGGCGCCGACCCCGAAACUGUCUCUCGCUUCCGUGGGCAACAGAAAGCAACCCAACAGAGCAUCAAGACAACCUCACUACAAGACUGAAGGCCCCGAGACCAACACCGAAGUCAGAUUGAUCAGAAUUAUUCUGCCUCCUCUGCUGCACGGCAACAAACUCAGCGAUAAAGAAGUCCCAUUCACUGAUUGGCUCAUCAUCUGCCUCAGCGACAGCACUUCCACUGCUCCGCCUGCCAAUACCAGAGUCCUGCGCUCUACAACCAAGGCAAACAAAUAUCCAUACCUCAUGCUCGCCAUCCCCACUCACGCAAUCGCCGAAACCGCUUUCGUGUCGAAGAGUCCUAUUGCAACAGCUGUGGGUGAAGACAAGAAGCAGCAAGCUAUUACUACGAUGUUGAGGUUCACCAGCAGAGGAAGACUGCCCCUGAUGUUUGGUGUGGGAAGGGAUGCGAGUUUUGCAGACAAGUGGGUCAAGGGCUUCGGCAUGGGAGUCGCGAGUUUGGAGGUCACGGUCAAGGGUGGUGAGUCGCCUUGCUGGAUGUAA